CCUCAAGCUUACAUCUCACACUCCUCUUUGUAUUAACUCCUUUUGUUUUGUUAACUGUUAAGAUAACAUGGCUUGCUCAAAGACUUUCCUUCUUCUCGGUCUUGCCUUUGCUGUUGUUCUUCUCAUUUCCUCGUCUGAGGUCAUGGCUGAAACUGUUCAAACCCAAGCGAAUGUUGAAGUUGAUGGACACGGUGGAUAUAAUAAGGGUGGCGGAUACGGAAAGGGUGGACACGGCGGAUAUGGCAAGGGUGGCGGAUAUGGAAAGGGCGGACACAAGGGAAAGCCCGGCCAUGGUGGUCACCCACCAGCAACUGAAGUUGAAAAUUAGGGGGGGCAAAAUAUAAAGUACCCCUUCUUUUUUAAGGGUAGAAUUGGUUGUAAUUUGCAUGUGCUGUUACUUAAAUAAGAGUACUAACGCAUGUAAAUUAAAAUCUAGUAUAAGCUACCAGAGUCUUUUCUAAUGUCAAUAAUGGUGAACAGAGGUGCGCUGUUGUGCAUGUCUCUGUCAAAAUCACCCAAAGAAAAGUGUAUGUGGUCACGUUGGUUGAAUGGUUUCUUUUGGCAAUCUCAAUUAGAAUGGCCUCAUCUAAUCAAGCUUUGUCUUUUA